AGCAGCCGCAGGGGGUUAGUGAGAGACUUGUGUCAAUGGAAUCGCAGAUGUCUCAACUAGCGUGUUUGGGUAGCACGUUUUUGAGUCAACAACGCGAUAGGGAUGUGGAGUCCUCUGGUUCGCCUGCUGCGCCGGGAAGCGGCGGACCAGAAAAUGCUGGUCGGCACCCUACAGGUGCUGCCGGUGCGAGAGCAAGUAGGGGUGUUGCUGCCCAAGGACUUGGCGUCUCGGGAAGUGCGGGAGGUACGGGUAGCAACGUCCAAAGCCUUGGCGCUUCAAGUAUGCGGCUUGGUACUGGUAGUCUUCUAGGCUCUGACCUGAACACGCAUGCAGGUGUUAAUCGUUCCUUUGUUGCGCAGUAAACUCAGAUUCGAUGGGAAUUGAGAGUGGAGCGUUCCGUAGCCGGUCUCAAAUUCCACCCCCUCCUACUGCUGCUACUACCGAAUGGUGGGGGGGUGUCGCUAGUGGA